UACGAAUAUUAUAACCAAUUUCUCUUUUACGCAUAAUAAUUAUUUCAAAACGAUUUUCCCCAAAUUCAUAAACCCCUCGAAGCUGCAGUUGGUUCGCAGCGGUGAGUCCAUUAUUCACCGGCGACGAUGACCACCAGAAUAGCACCAGGUGUUGGGGCAAAUCUUCUCGGCCAGCACUCCGCCGAGCGCAACCAAGACGCCACCGUCUACGUCGGCAAUCUCGAAACCAAAGCGAGUGAAGAGUUAUUAUGGGAGCUGUUUGUUCAAGCAGGACCAGUUGUCAAUGUGUAUGUUCCCAAGGACAGAGUUACAAAUGCUCAUCAAGGCUAUGGCUUUGUGGAGUUCAGAAGUGAAGAAGAUGCUGAUUACGCAAUUAAGGUGCUAAACAUGAUUAAACUGUUUGGAAAGCCAAUACGAGUAAAUAAGGCGUCACAAGAUAAGAAAAGUGUGGAUGUGGGAGCAAACCUUUUCAUCGGGAAUCUUGAUCCGGUAAGAAGUCCUGAUUUAUACACACAAGGAUGUGAUGAAAAACUCUGUACGACACUUCACUGCCUUUGGUGUAUUGUUACAAAUCCAAAGAUAAUGAGGGAUCCAGAGACUGGAAAUUCUCGUGGUUUUGGUUUUAUUAGCUAUGAUUCUUUUGACGCUUCUGAUGCCGCUAUUGAGACGAUGAAUGGCCAGUAUCUCUGCAAUCGUCAGAUAACAGUUUCAUACGCAUACAAGAAAGACACCAAGGGAGAGCGUCAUGGCACACCUGCAGAAAGAGUUUUAGCUGCAAGUAAUCCCACUACUCAAAGAAGUAGGCCCCACACCAUGUUUGCAAGCGGACCUCCGACACUGCCACCUCAGCAGAAUGGCGCAGUCAGUGCUCCGGUGGCACCACCAAGGCCCUUUGCAAACGGCUCCGUUCCUCCACCACCCAUGCCAGCCCUCCGGCCACCACCACCGCCACAGAAUAUGUAUCAACCGAUGCAGCAGCAGCAAAUGGCUCCACCGCCGCCUUGGCAGGGACAGCCACCGCCGCAGUCCGGCAUUCCUCCACCACAGAUGCAGCACCAGUACAGGGGGAUGAUGCCGCCACCACCUCCUCAACAAAUGAAUCCAGGUCUUCUCAGGCCGCCGCCGCCUCCGGCUGGGAUGGUUGCUCCACCUGGCUGGCGGCCGCAGCCACCACCUCCUCAGCAUUUCUCCGGCGGGCCCCACUCUAUGCCGCCUCAUAUGUCGAUGCCCCCGCAGUGAAGUUGGCACUUCCCGGAGAUGUAUUGCUUACUUGGAAGAUUUUCGACAGUCUUUAAUUUGUUAGCCUCUUUUGUAUUAUUAUUAUUAUUAUAACCUGUGCAAGUGUUUUUGAAAAUUUGAAGGGUUGGCAAAAACUUUUGGCCUUAUAAUAUAUUUUGGACACUAACCAUUACCAUAAA